AAUAGCAUUUUUCUCAAUACUUUUUUGCAGCGUAGUUUUAAUCUUCCAGCAAUAGAAAGAGCAGUAUUUGUUUAUAGUGAAAUUUAGUAGUAAUUACGUGAUCAACAUGUCUGGCCUCAAGAUGGCUAUAAAGUCCAUUUAAAAAAAAAAAUACAGGAUGUGUAACCAUUUCUGUGCCUCAAAAAUGAGUGCUGCGUGAAACACGCACCUUUAAACAUGUACGUUAUUGUGCUAGAUUUGUUGAGAACGGCAGACUCCUGAUCCCACCGUAAAAUAAUCAGCAGAAUAAAAAAAAAUCACUAUUGACAGCAAUGAUGUGCAUGUGUGAAUUAUGUCUCUCUCACUGAAGGAAUAUAUGGCUCAAUCAUUGUCAGAAAUCAAUCAUGCACCAUAUGCAGUAUAAAAAAUCAAUUAAAGACACUCUAAGCCGUGUUUUACACUGACUUUAUGAUGUGAAACGAUUUAUUUCGCGUACAGCACCAAGCUGUAGUGAUACCACCCAAAAACCGCGACCUCAAGUGGCAUAUUGCUGACGUAAUAUCGAUCAUCUGAAUGUUUCACUUUGGACAAAAUCACUUGGAGUCGCACAGUGCGCACUUUUCCUUUCGCUCCUUUCCCUCUUUCUCCACCCAUACAUUCUCCAUCCUCCGUUCCCCCCUGCAAGCAUGCUGUGAUCUACUUCGUGGCCAAAACCGAGAGCUUAACGGACUUUUUUUCUUUUACGACCAACCCCUCCUUCAUCCAUCCAGGCGUUAACUCAACGGAUUUUAUAGGAGCCCGUUUAUUUUUCAUCCCGGUGUUUGGGCUAUGCCGUCAGUGCUGGUGAGCCUGGAGAGUAUCGAGGAAACCUACCACAGGUGAAAAGAGGUUUUACGACGCUGCGGUAUAGAUGAUUGAACACUUUGAGCAUUAACUCAACGCAGUCUUCAGGCGCCAGUGCACCGCUCUUUUUACUGAAAUAUAGGACGAAAUUGAGGUUAAAACACUUUAGGACAACUAAAGGGACGUUUACCAACUUGUGUUUCUGAACGAGUAUAAAAAUACUGCGUUAUUUCCCAACUGGGAUCCCUACGGAAGAUGUGACCAUUUCUUUUGCGCACUGGCAAUCCGACUACCCAAAGAGAAAAUCACGGCUUUUCCAUCAGUUGCUCGAUCUUGACAUGUCUUUUUGUGGGAUUACACGCGGAGAUAUGAGCAUUGUAAGAGGCCGAGCUGGAUUGUGAGAUUACCCCCUUUGCUUUUUAAUUUCUCUCUUCAAAGAGGAAGUGAUCUGUUGGUUCAAUGGCUUCAGUGUCGAGGUUGUCAAGGCGCAAAGAUGCCAGCCGCUGGCCGAGAAUGCCGUCAACUUUCUGGGCUGUGGUGCUUCUGACAGCGCUGCUGGUUCUCUUCUGCGGCCAGCUGGCAGCGGGGACAUGUGAGAUUGUGACGCUGGACAGGGACAGCAGCCAACCACGGCGGACCAUCGCCAGGCAGACGGCCCGCUGUGCCUGUAAGAAGGGCCAGAUCGCAGGAACUACAAGAGCCAGACCUGCCUGUGUGGAUGCUGGUAUUGUUCGGAAAAGGCAGUGGUGUGAGAUGGUGCCAUGUUUGGAGGACGAAGGCUGUGACCUGUUAGUCAAUAAAUCUGGCUGGACUUGUACACAGCCCGGAGGACGAGUCAAAACCACUACGGCUCUAUGACGCGACAAGAGUCCCCCUCAACACUCUUGCACUAUGGAGAGCAUUGAUGACCCCUUGACAGACAGCCAAAAACCAUCUACCAACACCACCCUACCACCACCACCAACAUCACAACAACUCCACCCAAACCCUGGUCCCGCAAAGGCAGGAAGCAACACAAGCAGCUACAGGCCACCAAGGGCCUCAUGGAGGCAGCAAGGUCUCAUAACACAGCCAGAGACGGGCAAACCAGGGAGUGACUGUUUGAGGGAGCGAGCUCCCCCCUGGACACUGGACAAACUACUCGCUGUAAAACACCUUCUAUUUCCUGUGACUGGCUCCUCCUGGUAUGUGACUGCUCCCUCCUGCUAUCCAUCGUCGGGUCAAAAUGUUGCGUCCACCUCCUCGCCUGCUCUGUGAACUUGGCAGCGCCUGCUCAUGCCACGGAGGAUCGAACACCUUAAAACCCCAUCAAUGGUUUUUGCCUCAUUGGAAGUUUGAAACUGCUAAUUGCUUUGAAUGAGGAAUUUCCCAUAUCACACCCUAGCCUCUGGAGCAGGAGUUCCAGAGCAAAGAAGGGAUCAUUACAGACCAGACCCUGUUGCUUCUUGGACCCCCCUCUCGAGGCCGUAAAAACCGAACUGAGCGUGCUCCGCUGUGAAUAGGCCUUCUGCUGGAGUAAACCUCCCAUAUUUUUAUAGACCAAAGAGCAAAACAACAAAUACGAUCAUUAUGACAGAGUGGACCAUCUGGCAAAGACACACAGAGACUUUGUGAACUUGCUAUUUGUGUCGCCACCAACCAGCGACUGCCCCCACAGAGACACGGUGCCCAAGUGGGCCCAUGCAAAAUGAACCUUGCGUCUGGUGGCAUAUGUACCGUACACAAUCAAAGGAGUACUUUUAAAACUUUCCAGACAUUUUUUUUUCUCAGACUAAGCCCACCACUGUAUUUUGAAACUGGAGCUAUAGGUACUACAUACGUAUAACUGUGUAUCAAAAAAAAUAAAUCUGAUUUGCAUUUUUCAGUAGCUACGGUUGGGACAGCUUGCAGGAUUUUGUGGUGUUGGUCACGGAUUGCAAAUCAUAUCAAAGAGAUGAUGAUUAUCUACAGAGAGUAUAAACGCUGUUGAGUCUGAAAAGAAGGAGUAAAGAAAUGUCAUUAAAUGUAUUUUGAAAGGCCCUAAAAAGUUAUAUAUUUAACAGUUUUAUAUGUUGUACCUUUGUAGAGAAGCUUAUUGGACUUAAAAUGUGGUCACAAUGGCAGUUUAGUAGGAUGUGAACAAACGCUGUUGUUCUCAUUACUGCUGGCUCGUAGUCCCAGGUUUUCUGUUCACACCUCAGUAGCCGCUUUCUUUUCAUGGUCAUCUACAAGUCACUGUCUAUCAGAACCAUUAAUGAAAAAAAAGGAAAGUGACACAAUUUAUUGAGGACUGAUCUGCAGCCAACUGAACAUUGUAAAUCUAUGGUAGUCAGUGGAAGCCAUUGAAAUCUGCUAAUUUGCUAUGAUAUUGUAUUGUACACGGUGUGGAAUACUGACUCAUUUCCUCUCUUUGGGUUUUGAUCUCUUAAUUUAUUUUUGUGCUUGUGUUUGUUCGCACAAAUCUUGCCUCUCUCCGAUGGCGAUGAACAAAACAGAGAGAGAGAGAGAGAGAGAGAGAAGAGAAAGCGGAGGAAGCGUCACAGAAGUAUUAGAGUCAUUUACAUACAUUUUUUAUCAUGAAAUAUUUUAAGAAUAAAUUAAAUACAUGAAAAGAAAUGUCCCCUGCAA